AUGCCACGCGUUCGUCAGGCGGCCAAAGCAGCGCUGGGUGGGGUGCGCACCCCCACACUGCUCACCGCACGGUCGCCGGGUCUCACGACCGCGCUGGUGCUGCUGGCGCGGACCACCACCGGAGCCACUCCUCUGCGUAGACCCGCGACCAGCUCCACCGCCACCCCCGCCGCCUCCGCCGCCUCCGUUACUACCGCCGCCUCCACUGCCGCCACCUCCGCCACCUCCGCUCCCACCGCCACCGCCGCCGCCGCCGCCGCCUCCUCCUCCACUGCCGCACCGACCUCCACCCCCACCUCCACUCCCACCGCCACCCCCACUCCCCCCGCCGCCUCCACCUCCACCUCCACGCCCCCGCUCGCUCCUCCAGUGCCCCUGCUCCCCUUGCCCUUGCCAGGGCGGCGUCUCCGCUAG